AUUUUCCAUUCAUUGAUUCAUCCGCAAACACCAAAGCGUUGUGCAGAUGGAACUCGCUGCAGGUUUAUAACAGAAUAAUUCAGGGGCCAUACGUUUUGGAGUCCCCGAUCAAUUGAAAGAGAUAGUCACGGGGUUGACCACGGAGGUGGUGGAAGCAAGCUUAAACUUAAGCUUAUGCUCUGAAGAGGAGGACAGCCUCAUACAAGAGCUUCUACACGAUGGCGCCAUUCAACUCCGGCAUAGAGACGCAAUUCUGCAAUGAAGUGAACAACGCCCUGCAGGCUCAGGAUGGCGCACAGCUACUCUCCAUUCUCCAACUGGAACCUCCGUUCGGACCCAUCUACCAACAGCUGAUAUCGUCGCUGCAAUCCAAAUACCCCAAGGACGACCAGCGCGCAGAGGAACAGCUCGAACGCGUCGUACGCAAUGCUGUCCCCGAGACGGGCGAGAGCGAGGACGAGGAGGGCCGACCGGUGCCGAAUUGGAGUGCGAUGGUCACAUUCAUCGUCUCGUGGAUGUGCUUCAUCCGCGACGUCAACGUCGAAAACCUACUGGAGACGUACGAGCGGCUCAGCGACCUCCAGCAGAAGGCGAACAGCGCGCUCCAGCACUCGACCAAGGGAAUUCUCAUCCUACCGACCGUCAUCAGCUACGCCAAGGUCUUCUCCCGCGUCGCGAUAGGCCUUGACCGGCAGCCUGAGCUCAUCCAACACCUCAUCGCGGAGACGGUGACGGAAGAAGGGCGAAGAGAGUCACUACCAGAAAAGGCGGCCAACAUCCUCCGCCACGCCUUCAUCACCUGCCUCAACGACCGAAACACAGCGCCGCGGGGGAUCAAAGACGGCCGGCCAGACGGCAAGAAGGUCGGCAUCUACAGGAUGGCCAACAUCUGCCUCAAGAUCCUGUUCCAGUGCGAGAAGCUCGAGAACUGCCAAACCUUCUUCUCCAACAUCCACAACUCCUCCCCUCCGCUGGCCAUCUACCCAGCCUCCGAGCGCGUCACCUACCUUUACUACCUCGGCCGCUUCAAAUUCGCAACAACCGACUUCUUCGCCGCGCAGCUCUGUCUCCAAAAAGCCCACGACGAAUGCCCCUCGGACCCCAGCUGCCUCCCGCAAUCCCGGCUCCUCCUCAUCUACCUCAUCGCCUCCAACCUUCUCCUCGGCCGCCUCCCCCACUCCUCCCUCUACCACCGCCCGGAAGCCAAAAACCUCCGCACGCACUUCGAACCCCUCGCCCGCGCCAUCCGACGCGGGGACCUCGAAUCCUUCCGACGCAUCACCUCCCUCUCCCUCUCCCACCCCUCCACCCCGUUCUUCAUCCGCCACCGCAUCUUCUACCAACUCGGCAACUACUGCGAAGUCUUCGUGUGGCGCUCCCUCAUCCGCCGCGUCUUCCUCCUCACCGGCCAACAAGUCGGGACAUCCUCGCGCUCCGCCCCGACAAUCGACCUCUCCGCCCUCCUCGCCGCCUUCCUCUCCCUCGAGCGCCGCGCCCUCACCCUCUCGGCUUCCUUAUCCCAGGCGGACUCCGUCCCAGGGAAACGCCACAUCAGUUUCGCGCUGGCCGAUACCUCCACGCCCCCGGCCUCGCUCGGGUACAUCGACCCUGACUUCGACGGCGUGGAUCCCGUCGAAGACGACACCACCCCCCUGACCCCGUACAUCCGCACCACGGACUACAGCAUCAUGACGAUAGAAUCCAUCGUCUCGAGCCUGAUUCUCCAGGGGUUCCUGCAGGGCUUCGUGAGCCAGCGGACGAGGAAGUUUGCGAUCACGGGGGCGAGGCGGGGCGGCGGGCCGUUGAAGGCGGGGUUUCCGGUGGUGUGGGAGGUGGUGAGGAGGAGGGAGGAGGGGAGGGAGGUCGUGGGGUGGAGGUUGGAGGGCGCGGUGGAGGGCGGUGGUGGGGGGGUUGUGAGGUUGGCGGGGGCGAGGCCGGCGGGGGAGUAG